AUGCCUCCACAGCCUCGUCCAGAGCAUGUGUACCCUAUCCCAGAGCCAUUAUUUUUUCACACAGAGGUGGCGGGUACCUCAGACAUACCGCAGGCGGACUACUGGGAAAGACAACAUUACGGGUCAACCUCCGGGGCGACACCCCAAGCAUCAUAUCCACAGUUUCAGGUCCCGCCUGCGUCGAUGCCGUACGUUGACUCAUUUUUUGGAGAUACGACCUUUACGACCACUCAGGAUCCACCAGGGCCAUCUGAGUCACAGGUCCCCCCGGCGCCGAUGCCGUAUAGUGACUCAUCUUUUAGACAUACGACAUUUGCCAACACUCGAGAUCCUUUUGCGCCAUCUGAUUCACAGGUUCGCCAGCCGCCGAUUCCGUCUUUCCAUUCAUAUCUGGGAGAGAUGGGAUAUACUCCACUAGGUACGCCGGCUCAACCAGAGUCAGAUCAGUCAUGGCCUGCACCGCCGACGCAUUCAGAUGUCCCAUGGCGUACGUCGACAGAGUCGGAUUUCAUUGAACAGUUGUUCUACUAUCCCGCCGCACCUACUGUAGGACAGGCGUCAUCGUCACAUCAGGUACCACCUUCUGGGUCGCCUCAGGCUCAAGAUCCUUCGCAAAUGUAUUUCUCGAUUACGGAGCCGUGGUGCUCUGGUGCAGAUCUGUCUGCUGAUCCGUUUUCCGGUGAUCGGUUUCAGCAUUUUACGCCUCCUGGUUUUACCCUGUAUCCGAACAUCACCUCGCAGGAUCUGCGAGACACUACUCCAGCUCCAGUUAUAGAACAGCCACACCAGUCUGCAGACGAAGACAGUGACGAUUCAGAAGACAACGACGAUUCUGAUAACAGUGACGAGGGUGACGGUGGCGACUAUAACCCUGUGACUGAUACCUCACGUCACCGACGCACUCAGCAGGGUUAUGACAUGAGAACCCGCAUGCGGAAACCGGCUCGAUAUCGUGACUAG